AUGUUGCAGAGGUUCCUUCUCGUGCUCGCCUUGGCGUACGGGCUGCGGGGCAGCGAAGGAGCUCAAGGAGAUGAACUUCCAGCAAAUCACGAUCAGAGCCAUCUACUCGGAUUCGUAAAAAGCUCCAUGUUUGAAUCCGCAUACUCAGGCAACUCACGCAGUCUCUUGCUCGCCCAAGAUGCCUCAUCGCAGCGCAAACUGCAGUCGCAGGAGGAAGAGGAGAGGAAGAAGACUUCCAAGGCGCCUCAAAAUUCGCGCAAUUUCUUGCUCGGCCUAGAUGCCUCAUCGCAGCGCAAACUGCUGUCGCAGGGGGAAGAGCAGAGGAAGAAGCAGCAGGAGAUGAGCCGGCUUCAACAGGAGGCGUCAUACAAGAGUAUGCUUGCAUACCGGGAGAAUGAGUGUCAGAAGGAGCUGCAGAAGCAGGAGAAGGUGAAGCAGCAACAGGAACUGGAACGGCUUGAGAAGGAGCGACCGGAGUUGAAGCAGCAGCGGCUGGAAAAUGAAGAAGAGCAGAGGAAAAAGCAGCUGGAGCUGAACAAGCUUCAAGCGGAAUUGUCAUACAAGGCUAUGUUGGCAUACCGCGAAAGGGAGCGGUAG